AUGCUUCUCUAUUCAUUGUGUGUCAUGUUGGUGUUAAUUAUAUGCUCAGACAAUCAAGUCAGUCCUGAUGUAGUUAUAGCUAUCUCUAGCACACGACAAGAUAGUCCACAGUGGUCACAAGCAUCGCCAUGCUCUGUGACAUCAUCCAGCAGUGACGUCACUGUUGACUGCACUCAUCGGGGCAUCCAUCGCAUAAACCCUGCAUGGUUUCCAGAAGACGCCACGCAAAUUUUCCUGGACAACAACAACAUCACAACGGUUGAAAAUUUCACGUUUCAAAAUGUUUCACGUCUGCUGGUGUUAAGUAUAUCUUACAAUAACAUUGACACGCUUCAGGGCAACGCCUUCCGGGGACUCGAAAACCUGCAAGUUCUAAAUUUAGAAUUUAAUCGGAUUGAUAUAACAGAUAUAAAAUCAUUUCCUGAUUUUGUUCUUAAAAGCUUAAAAGCAAUAAAAGAGCUUCGGCUAAAACAAGGCUUACAAAUAGUGUCAAUAGCUGAAUACCCCUUGAAAUAUCUCGAUUGUCAAGCUGCGUUAACUAAUCUGUCUAUUGAUACGAUUAACAUUGAGGUUUAUUUUGGGCCAGAGUUUCUUAAAUUUACAAAUCUGACUAAACUGGAAUUUGCUGGUUCAGCAAAAUACUUAACUAACGAAACAUUCAUUAACGUCAGAAGAAUAAAAGAGUUAUUUAUAACUCGAUUACAGAUGAUAGAUGUUAUAAGUCCUGACGUAUUUCAGCCUUUACAAACUCUUGAGGUUCUGCACUUGGAAAAAGUUCCUUAUGGUGUUGGAAGAAUAUUCGAUCUAUUAUGGCCCUUUAGAGGAAGGACUAUGACUUCAGUGUUUCUAAACAUGAUAUCCUACAACUUCUAUGCCAACGACGCAAGUCUGCUACACAACGAUAGUUUUGUGUUUAGGUCCAUGACGAAGCACUUAACGAGCAUCUGUUUGCGAAGCUUUACGUUCACCGAGAACCAGAUCUUUGUCGUGGUUGAUGAUGCUUUUUAUAGCACUAUCUGGGACUCUUGUCUAAAAGAGAUUGAUAUUUCCAGCAAUCCUCUAACAGGCACGCGCAUCGCUAUGAUAAAGAUCCUCACAUAUACAAAUUUAGAAAUAUUAUCAAUAGAAAAUUUAAUUCGUAAAAGGGUUGACGAAACAUUCAACUGGAGACAAUAUUUUAUUUUGAAUGAUGUGCCUAAUCUAGAAAGCUCACUAAAAUAUGAGAACGAAAGUUUUGAAGAAGAGAGUUUUGUAAAUAAAACUAUCGUUGAAGGCUGGGAGGUUUAUAUGCUCAAAUCUUUAAAAGUUUUCAACGCCAAAAGGAUGAUUCAAUCAACGCAGUUUAAUGAGAAGAUAUUUAUGGUGAGAGCUAAACAUCUGGAACUCAUCGAUCUUUCAGAUAGUGGAUUUUCAAAUUUCAUUGAACCUGUGUAUGGUUUAACAGCAUUGAAAUUUUUGGAUUUAUCCAGCAAUCAAAUGUCUGUUGUAACAGAAAACUGGUUUGAUUACUUGCCAAAACUGGAAACUUUGGUAUUGUCAAACUGUCAGCUGGACGGUAAUUUUAUGGCCAAGAAAUCUGGUCGAUUGUUCUCAAAACUAAAAUCUCUUCAAAGACUGGAUCUUUCCCUAAACUCCUUAACAAUACUGUCAGAAGAUAUGUUUGUCUACAAUUCACAAUUAAAAAUGCUUCGGUUAGCAGAUAACCGUUUUAAUGUCGUGCCAUUUAAUUUAAAAUACACUCCAAAUUUAACUUUUCUUGACCUUACCAACAACGCCUUGGUCACCCUUGAUGUAGAAACACGACAAAUGUUUGACCAAUUUGCUCAAGGCAAAGAAGGAUUUCAGCUUUACCUUGAUGGGAAUAUUUUGUCAUGUGGAUGUGAGAGUCUUUCUUUUCUCCAAUGGUUGAUGUCCACAAAUGUGACAUUCGACAAAGGUGGUAUUUUUUCUUGCAUGGACCAAAAUGGCGUCGUGACUAUUACAAGCACAUAUAGAAACCUGGACGUUUUAUGGAGGAAAUGUUGGGGAGAAUUUUUUCUGCAAAUCUCUUUAGUUGUUAUUUGUUUAAUUAUAAUUGGACUUUUGUCCACUUUUGUGAUUAACAAAAAACUGACUUACAUUUCACAUUAUGUAAUUCAACUUUUUGGAGGAUUUAAAUUUCAAACUGCUUCAGACUAUAAAACUGGAGUAUUUAUUGGCUAUGCAGAAAACGACUACAGAUUUGCUUGUCAUACACUACGGUCAUUUGUUGAAGAUAACUUGGGAAUGACGUCAUACCUACGUGACCGUGACCUUUUACCUUCCACCGACAUAGCACGUGGAAUUGUGGAGGCCAUCAACUCGAGCUGGCGAAUCGUGCUCGUCUUCAACCAAACUUUUCUGCUGAACGACGAUUGGAUGAUGUUCACGUUCAGAUCUGCCAUCUACGCGCAGACGCCAGCCAACCCGAACCGAGUGAUCGUUCUUGUUGACGAGAAGCAUGCGUACAAUCUUCCCACGGAGCUGUUGAAUGCUGUUGUAGAGGACAACAUUGUCGUCGUCCACCACUGGAUGAUGACGUAUGAGCUGAAAGAGAAACUCAGGACAUUGCUGAGUCCUAAAAGUUAA